AAAGUGCUUAAUUAGGUUUAUUAAGCAUGGCUCUUUCUCGUACUCUAAUAAUAAUCCUUGUUGCAUUUUCUACCAUCUUCUCAACCAUAGCUGUCGAAGAAUACAUAGUUGGAGAUGACUAUGGUUGGAGAACAUUAUUUGAUUACCAAGCUUGGGCUGCAGACAAGAAUUUCUAUGUUGGGGACCGGAUUGAAUUGAAUAUGUUUAUAGUGUUCAAGUAUGUUCCCGGGUGGGACAACGUGGUGAGAGUGAAUCCAGAUGAGUUUAUAACUUGUUCAGUUUCUCCUAAUGCAAUAACAUUGAGUAGUGGAGAAGAUGAGAUUAUAUUUGGAGGCACAGGGGCAAGAUGGUACAUUUCAAGUAUUGGUAAUCAUUGUAAAUUGGGACAAAAGCUUGCUAUAUAUGUGUGGCCAGCAUGGUUUCCUCCAUUACCUUCUCCUGCACCAUGGACUCCUAUAACACCUUCCGCUGAUCCUCCUUAUACACCACCUGCACCAUGGACUCCUAUAACGCCUUCAAUAGUUACGCCACCUGCACCAUUGACUCCUAUAAUGCCUCCUUCUGAACCUCCUUAUGCACCAUCUGCACCAUGGACUCCAAUAACACCUUCCGCUGAUCCUCCUUAUACACCACCUGCACCAUGGACUCCUAUAACGCCUUCAAUAGUUACGCCACCUGCACCAUUCACUCCUAUAAUGCCUCCUUCUGAACCUCCUUAUGCACCAUCUGCACCAUGGACUCCUAUUACACCUUCGGUCGAGCCUCCUUAUGCACCUGCACCAUGGACUCCUAUAACGCCUUCACCUGAACCUCCUUAUGCACCAUGGACUCCUAUAACACCUUCAACUGAAUCUCCUUAUGCACCUCAAAUAAUACCUACCCCAAUCGCACAAGCACCACGGACUCCUGGAACACCUUCAUCUUCUAUAUCUCCUGCACCUGCACCUUCCUCCCAGCUUCAUUAUGCUUCAUGGACUACUAGCUUCUCCCACUUUGCUCGAUCAAUGCCAAAGAAACCAUUCAAAAUAUCUCAUUCAAAUUUACUAGGUGUUUGA